AUGGCGUCCUCUAGGCCUCCCCGUUCCGGGGAAAUGACCUGCGAGGCCGCCCGGCGUCGUGGCGGAGGCUUCGCUGCCUGCGUUUACGGAGCCGCCGCCGUCCGGGGCACGGGGCUAGGGGUGGUAGGCGCUGCCAGGAAAAACGUCCCUCAUCGCUUUGCACAUCACGUUUCCUACCUUCUACCCAGAGGGACAGAACUGAGACCCUUCACCGGCCACAGUUUACUAGGGUUAAGGGAGGCUGUGACUUCAGGGCAAGAACCCAGGCCGUUCUCAUUUCUCUUCGUCUUUGGGUCGGUUCUGCAAUCAAAUUGUAUCCAUUCUGUCUUCACGGUUUCUUGUACCAGUCUCAUUUCUGUUGUCACUGUCAUCAUCCUAACUCAAGAUCUUACUGUAGUUUGCCUGGUUCGUUGCAAUAUCGUCAUUACGAUCCUUUCCUCAUCUGGUCUGUUUGUUUACUACUGCCAGUUCCUGAGGCUGGGAAGUCCAAACCCAUCUGGUGGUGGCAACAGUGACCCAGGGGCCUCACACUGCAAGAUGGUGGAAGCAGAAAGAGAGCAAGACAGACUCUCCUCUUCUUUUAAAGCCCUCAGAACCACGCCUCUGACCACCAUUUUUAAUCCAUGCACUAGAACAUGGCCCCACGUUCCAAUCACCUCUUCAAGGCUCCACCUUUCAAUUACCAUAAUAGGAUUUCCCACCCUCUUAACAGUCACAGUGGGGGCUGUUUCUAAUACAUAAAACUUGGACACAAUUCAAGCUUCAGUGAGUUUGGGGGGGGACAUAAUUCAAUCCACCACAUUUGGCAUUCAGGCAGACCAUUUGGCCCUAAAAGUUUCAGUGAUGGGUCUUAUUCAGGAUUAUUUCCCAUCCUCUGGUAUAGAAUAUGCCAGCUACUGAUUUAUCUGACCCAGUUAGCACAAUGUCAUCAAUGUGGUAGGCCAAUGACAAUUUUGUGGGAUGUUCCUAUGGUCUAGAUCUCUUUAGACUAUAUUAUGAUAGAGGGUGGGAGAGUCAUCAUAACCUAGGGCAAG